AUGGCUGCUCAAAGAGGACAGGACGCAAUCAAGAAAUUGUUACAUUCAAAAGGUGCAGCUACCGGAGUUGGAUUGGUUGCUGCGGCAGGCGCGUCCGCGUACGUCGUGGCGCAGUCCUUAUUUACAGUGGAUGCGGGUCAUCGUGCAAUAAUGUUUAAUCGAAUUGGUGGGGUUGGCAGUGACGUUUAUAAAGAAGGACUGCACAUUCGAGUACCUUGGUUCCAGUAUCCAAUCAUUUAUGAUAUUCGUGCUAGACCAAACCAACUCAGAUCACCCACUGGCAGUAAAGAUUUACAGAUGGUUAAUAUCGGUCUUCGCGUACUCUCAAGACCAGAUCCGAAUUCAUUACCGAAGAUAUAUCGCAUGCUCGGUCAAAACUGGGAAGAAAGGAUACUACCAUCGAUUUGUAAUGAGGUUUUAAAAAGCGUGGUUGCAAAAUUCAAUGCAUCACAGCUGAUAACACAGCGACAACAAGUUUCUCUGCUGGUUCGUAAGGGCUUAAUCGAAAGAGCGUUGGAUUUCAACAUAAUUCUGGAUGAUGUUGCGUUAACCGAGUUGGCGUUCUCAUCGCAAUAUAGCGCUGCAGUGGAAGCGAAGCAAGUUGCUGCUCAAGAGGCACAACGCGCCUCGUUUUAUGUUGAAAAGGCCAAACAGGAACGACAACAGAAAAUCGUACAGGCUGAAGGAGAAGCGAAAUCUGCGAAAAUGAUCGGUGAGGCCUUAAAGCAAGAUCCAGGUUUCUUAAAACUACGGAAGAUACGUGCUGCACAAAGAAUAUCAAAAAUUAUUUCUGAGACUGGAAAUAAUCGGGUAUAUCUUCCAUCUGGUGGACUGAUGCUGAAUAUUGCUGAUAAUGAUUAUCUGGAUCUAGAUGGCGAUAAAAAGAAGAAGUGAUUCUAUUUACUGAUUAUUAUGCUUGU